AUUCUGACACUCAGGUGUUUCUCAUGCUGGAUUAUCAACGCUAGCAGAAUAGGGUCUCUCUUGGCCUUAUUGAUUAUUUUCUCCCAGGACUCCGUACACUGCCUGGCACAUAGCAGGUGCUCAAUAAACAUGAUUGGUUGAAAGGACCAGAUCCACGGAGUGAGUCUCACCAGAUUAUAAAGGUACCUCCAGCAAUGAGUAUGUUCCAAACUGCAUUUCCUUCUCAAGCCUUGUGGCCAGUGGUGGAUAGAAGGUGAAUUAUGAUGUGUGCGGAACAUGGGACCUUGGGGAGUUCCGUAACCAAGAGGAGAAAGAAGUAACAACAGCCAGUGGAGACAAAAAGAACUGCUUCUCCCUUCUUCCCUCUCCAAGCUCCUAGUGGAGAGCUGAACCCAGCAUCCCAGACUUGUGUGACUACAUAGGCAAGCUUUUGGAGACUAACUUCACUUUGGUACCCUAGCCUUCAGCGGCUCAAGGUGUUGGCUUUCUGAGCAGACAGGAGGCUUUUAAGUAGCAAAGCUCCCUGCUCUCAGCAAGCCCAACACCAUGGGGAAGGGAGACACCUUGGAAGCACCAUCCACCUCGGCCUACCGCUCUGUCAUGGAGGAAUAUGGUUACGAAGUGGGCAAAGUCAUUGGCAAUGGCUCCUAUGGGACGGUGUAUGAGGCUUACUACACAAAGCAGAAAGUCAUGGUGGCUGUCAAGAUCAUCUCAAAGAAGAAGGCCUCUGAGGACUAUCUUAACAAGUUCUUGCCCCGUGAGAUACAGGUAAUGAAGGUCCUGCGGCACAAGUAUCUCAUCAACUUCUAUCAGGCCAUCGAGACCACAUCCCGAGUGUACAUCAUUCUGGAGCUGGUUCAGGGUGGUGACGUCCUUGAGUGGAUCCAGCACUAUGGGGCCUGCUCUGAGCCCCUUGCUGGCAAGUGGUUCUCCCAGAUGACCCUGGGCAUCGCCUACCUGCACAGCAAGGGCAUCGUGCACCGCCCUCUCCUGACCCCCAGCCUUUCUGCUGCUGGUAGGGACUUAAAGUUGGAGAACCUGUUGCUGGACAAGAGGGAGAACGUGAAGAUAUCGGACUUUGGCUUCGCCAAGAUGGUGCCUUCUAACCAGUCUGUGCGGAGUAGCCCUUCUUACCGCCAAGUGAGCUGCUUUAGCCACCUCAGCCAGACCUACUGUGGCAGCUUCGCUUAUGCCUGCCCGGAGAUCCUGCUAGGCCUGCCCUACAGCCCUUUCCUGUCUGACACCUGGAGCAUGGGCGUCAUCCUCUACACGCUACUGGUUGCCCGUCUGCCCUUCGAUGACACCAAUCUCAAGAAACUGCUGAGAGAGACUCAGAAGGAGGUCACUUUUCCACCUAACUAUGCCAUCUCCCAGGAGUGCAAGAACCUGGUCCUCCAGACGCUACGCCAAGCCACCAAGCGUGCCACCAUCCUGGACAUCAUCAAGGAUCCCUGGGUGCUCAAGUUCCAGCCUGAGCAACCCACCCAUGAGAUCAGGCUGCUUGAGGCCAUGUGCCAGCCCCCCAGCACCACUAAUCGUCACCAAUCCUUGGAAAUCAGUACCUGA